GAGGGAAUUUAGCAGCAAGACAGGAAGAAGAGGUGGGGUUCUAUAGUGAGAGUGGUUUUAGUUCUUCCUAAAGAAAUUGUUUGGUUUGGGGCUUUAUAUCCGGGAGCAGCGUGUGUCACCACACUAUGCAAAUCCUGGGACAUUUGCAAACCCGGCUCCGGGGCAGUUGGCCCCCUGCCCGGCCGGGCGUUCGAGGGCUCCGGCAAGGCAGUGCUCCCGGGGCUGGCCGGCGGGUGGCCCGCUGGCCUUUAUCUCUGUCCCCUUUUGUCCUCUUUAUCUUAGGCUCUCCAGGAGGCCGGGGGCCCGCUCUGCUUAUCGCUCCCCACCCCCGCUGCACCUCCACUUCAAUGCCCCGCAGGUCGCGGGCUGCUGCUCUUCCGAAGGCGGCGGAGGACCAGGGGCGCCCGCGUCACGGCUGACUCGGACCCGCGCCGACGACGCGUGAUCCGCGCGCCCUUGGGCACCGAAGCCGGUGCGCCCAGAGCGUCCCGGUGCGCUUCAGCCCGUUCCAGGACCUCGAGAGGCAGCCCCGGCCAGGAUGGCCCCGGGCCGGGCGGUGGCUGGGCUCCUACUGCUGGCGGCCGCGGGCAUCGGAGGCACGGCGGUGGGGCCCGGGCUCGCCUUUAGCGAGGAUGUGCUGAGCGUGUUCGGCGCGAAUCGGAGCCUGUCGGCGGCGCAGCUCGCGCGCCUGCUGGAGCAGCUGGGAGCCGCCCCCGCGGAGGGUGUCGCCGAGCCCGGGCAGCUGCACUUCAAUCAGUGUCUAUCAGCUGAAGAGAUCUUUUCCCUUCAUGGCUUUUCAAAUGCCACUCAGAUAAGCAGCUCCAACUUCUCUGUCAUCUGUCCAGCAGUCUUACAGCAACUGAACUUUCAUCCUUGUGAGGAUCGGCCCAAACACAAAACAAAACCAAGCAUUUCGGAAGUUUGGGGCUAUGGACUCUUGUCAGUGACAAUUAUUAAUCUGGCAUCUCUCCUCGGAUUAAUUUUGACUCCAUUGAUAAAGAAAUCUUAUUUCCCUAAGAUUUUGACCUUUUUCGUGGGUCUGGCUAUUGGGACUCUAUUUUCAAAUGCCAUUUUCCAGCUUAUUCCAGAGGCAUUUGGAUUCAAUCCCAAAAGUGACAACUAUGUUGAGAAGGCAGUUGCUGUGUUUGGUGGAUUUUACUUACUUUUCUUCUUUGAAAGAGUGCUUAAGAUGUUAUUAAAGACCUAUGGUCAGAAUGAUCAUACCCACUUUAGAAAUGAUGACUUUGGUCCUUCUCAUGAGAAAACUCAUCAGCCUAAAACGUUACCUGCCAUCAAUGGUGUGACGUGUUAUGCAAAUCCAGCUGUCACAGAGCCUAAUGGACACAUCCAUUUUGAUAAUGUCAGUGUGGUAUCUCUACAGGAUGGCAAAACGGAGUCAAGUUCGUGUACCUGUUUGAAGGGACCCAAACUCUCAAAAAUAGGAACAAUUGCCUGGAUGAUAACGCUCAGUGAUGCCCUCCACAAUUUCAUAGAUGGCCUGGCGAUUGGGGCUUCCUGCACCUUGUCCCUUCUUCAGGGCCUCAGUACUUCUAUAGCAAUUCUGUGUGAAGAGUUUCCUCAUGAGUUAGGAGACUUUGUGAUUCUACUCAGCGCAGGAAUGAGCACUCGGCAAGCCUUGUUAUUCAAUUUCCUUUCGGCGUGUUCCUGCUAUGUCGGGCUAGCUUUUGGCAUUUUGGUGGGCAACAAUUUUGCUCCAAAUAUUAUAUUUGCCCUUGCUGGAGGCAUGUUCCUCUAUAUUUCUCUGGCAGAUAUGUUUCCAGAGAUGAACGAUAUGCUGAGAGAAAAGAUAACUGGAAGAAAAACCGAUUUUACUUACUUCAUGAUUCAGAAUGCUGGAAUGUUAACUGGAUUCACAGCCAUUCUGCUCAUUACUUUGUAUGCAGGAGAAAUCGAAUUGGAGUAAUGGGAAAUGAAAGAUGGUGUUAUUAAUGAAGGCAUUUAAUAAAUAAAAACAUCUCCAAAGGGAUAUUUAAGCUGAUCUUAUUUAGUUCAAAGAUAAUCUUGUUUUCAACUGUAGGUCAAGAAAACUGAUUAUUGGUUUCAGAUCUGUUAAAUGGCCAUUAUCUGUUGUGAAAAACGCUUCAAAGCGUUUUCAGUUCCCAUCUGAAAAGACUGGUACACGCGAUCUUUGGUCAAUACCCACUUCUUCCUCUUUCAUGCAUUCUAUGACCACUUAGACACCCAGAACCAGAGAAAAAUACAAGCUAGGUUGUAUAAGCCUUUAAACCUCCGUGGCAGGCUCAAAAGCUCACGCGGUUUCAGAGUGGUUUUCUUUCAGUUAAUUUGUUCCAGUGAUUUCACGACAAGUACAUUCAAAUGUGGAAGAGG